CGACAAGCUUUUCACGUUAAAAUGACAGUAUUGAAUUCUGAGUUCGUGAGUUAGAUUCUGAGGUUGGUAAAAUUAAAUUGAUUAUGUAACUUGUAAUACCUCAGAGUCUAAGUGUUAAACUAUGCUGUAUAGGUGAUUACAGUUACGUGCUUUUAAUUAACAUAACAUGGAUAACAAGUGACCAUUUGGUCCGUCAAGAAAAUACCAUCUUUCUGAUGCUCAAGUUUGGUGUUGGAGUGUUCGAUUUUGAGAGGAAGGAGAUUUCAUGACCAAGAACACUGACUAGUCAGAAGUGAGAACUUUUUGUCAUUAAUGGAAUUUUGUGAAGCAUGGGAAGACACUUGCUCAUCAGUUGGCAGAGCAGCAAGGGUUGGGAGCUACAAGCAGUUGAAACAACUUGUUAGAAUGGGGCGACCUGUUGAUGCAGCUGAUAACCGAGGGUGGAGACCUCUUCAUGAAGCUGCUGCUGUGUCCAAAGAUCUGCGAUGCUUGGAAGAACUUCUUAAGCAUGCUAAGUCUGAUGUUAACUGGCAGACUCACGAGGGUGAAACAGCUCUCUUGCUUGCAUGUAAACGGAGACAUGGAGAAGAUGCUGCCACUGCUGUCAGGAUGCUCUUGAGAUAUGGAGCUAAUGUCAACAUUUCUGAUAAUGAAGAGGAAACCCCUCUAUUAGCAGCUUGUAGAGCUGGUUCGACUUUAGUGGUCAAGUUAUUGGUGGACACUGGUCAAGCUAAUGUGAAUGUGGGUGACUGCAGUGGUUGGCAUCCCUUACAUGAAGCAGCCACAACUGGAAAUUUAGACAUGGUGCAAAUAUUACUAGCAGCUAAUAGUAUGUUAGAUGUACAGGAUGAAUGUAGAAUGACCCCAAUUUUCACAGCAGCACAACAUGGGAGGUAUCAGUGCUUGAAGAUUUUGCUUGAUGCAAUGAAAGAAAGAGGACAGGAAAGACUUAUAAACCGAGGUGCUGAAGACUGGGCAACUCCUCUUAUGAUAGCUGCUCAGCAAGGUUUCACUGACUGUGUGGAGCUGCUUCAGAGUUAUGGAGCAAAUCCUAAUCUUCGCACUGUGGAUAAUGUUACAGCCUUGCAUCUAGCUGUUCAGGGUAAUCAUGUUGAAAGUGUUAAGCUGUUGUUAGAACACAUGGACAUUGGUCAGGUGAUCAAACUGUGUCAGCGUCAGGAUGUUGGUGUUUUACAACAAGCAGAAGAAGAGGCCACCACAGAUUAUGUUGUCAGUCCUCUACAUCUUGCCAUAGAGUGGCAAAGUUAUGGGUGUCUAGAGCUUCUCCUCACAUCUGGAUUUCCUGCAGAUGGACUCUUGGAGAGAUCAGACCUUACUCUUGAGACAUUACAUGGAGGAUUGUUUCUGUAUGAAACAGCCCUUACUUUUGCAGCAUCUAAAGGUGAUGUUGAAGGAAUGAAUAUAUUACUGGAAGCAGGGGCAAGCUGUGAGGCUACAUUGGAAAAUAUCCUUCCACCAUUAGUACCAGGCAAAGAGUAUAUCCUGCACAAGAUCAGUGCAGUCUCUCACGAGUUUUACACCUUUAGCAAGCCCCACUAUAGGGUGUCACACUCCAUGAGCUUUCCCCAUCAGUUGCCUUCUCUGAAUGGAGCUUAUCUAGGUUUUGCAAUUGCACCAGCCCCUCCACCACAUGAGUGUGGGAUUCUACCUACUGUAUGCAGAAAGGUAGGUAUAUUGUUUUGAAUGGUAACGUCAAUG